UGUUUGGGUAAAAUAAUACCUAAUGUGUUACUAUUUAAGAAAAAUGGCCAAAAGAAAGUACUAAGUGUAUUUAAAGUUAUUUUAAAAUGAGAGAGCAGGUGAUAAUCUUCUCUUUCUUUGCAUUUUAAGUGCUCAGUACCAGUGCCUGGCACAUAGUAGGUUGCUUAUUGACUUGUGACUUUUGAAGACCAAGAGAGAUGAGGCUAAUCGAGAUCUUGAUCUGUGAUGGGUAUUUUGGUCGUUUUUUCGAGAGUUUUCAUUUCGGCAUCAUUCUUCUGGGUAAACCGACCGACUUUUCUUUUUUCCCUUUCUUUCUGCAUUCUCUCAUGACCAAUUCGGUAGUAUUGGUUGAAAGGUACGAGAAUCAUUCCAUUUGCCUCUCAGAUUCCCACUUCCAUUAGCCCUUUACUUAGCGACUGGUUUGAUGCAGUAACGGGACCAUUACUUUGUCCAUUUCCAAAACCGUCCUCUCACAAAAAUUUCACCCUAGCAAAUCGGAAAGUCUUUUUGGUAUGAAACUUGUACUUUUCACAACUACAUUUUCUUCUCACUCUCUUCUGACUUUAUGGAAAGUCUUGGAUUUGAAAAACAACUCCAAGACAGUUCUCGAGAGUGGCAAACUUUUGUUUUUAUCUCGAUUUAUUAUUUUACUCGGAGCAAACUGCCAAGAAUCAUAUUAAAAUGCUAAACUUGCAUUUUAAUGCCUCCUCUUCUAAGUCUCUUAGCUUCGAUAACAUUUAUCGUUUUACAAGGCGUCUUGGUUUUAUUUUGUUUUUUAAACUUCAAUCCUUUGCUUGCCACGUUUGUUCUUCUAUCCUCUCCUUUUACAAAUCCUUUCUCUUGCUUUUUUUAUCUUCCAGGGCAUCCACAGGGGCACAUAUAAGAAAAACGAAGAGAGGACUAGUUUCUAUCAUCUCUGCUCUUGAUAUUUCUAGCAUGCCAAACCACGCACAUGGGUCGAUCUACACAUUUUUUUUACUGUGUAGGUAGAGUUUUGACAUUCCUUCUGUUUAUAGGAUUCAGAGAGGCACAUCAAAUCUUGAUCAAUUUUCCUUCUGUCAUAAGUUGCUCUUAUUUUCUUUCUCUAUACUUUCUGGUCUAUUUUAGGCGUGCCAACUUCUUCUUUUUUGGAGCGUUGUCUGUAUCCACGCAUCUCUUGACUCUGACCUAAUUCUGGAAGUCAAUUAUUGUUGUUCUAUCGGUCUCCUUUUGCCAAAACUCAUGGUUGGGCUCCAGGAAGAGGAAAAAACCUUCUCCGUCUAGAGUUGUUGGCGCGUGUUCACUUAGACCCUUUAGAAAAUGUAGCCCAGAAAUGCCCUCUCAUCUGCAUCCCGAGCAAGGACCUGAAGUGCGAGUGGAGCAGAGAGUGGGAGAACCAGGACAGCCCUCGCCGGGUGAUUCACAGGAUCUAACAGGUGCGUAGCUGCAGCUGCGCUCCCAUCCUAAGCCUAGAGUGUGGGGAAUAAGACUUUUCAGGGGGAAGGGGGUGGAGCGAAUAGGGAGGCCCAAUCAGGUCAAUGUAGGCCGCCGUUAUUCAUCUCCUAGCAACUAAGGGAUCCAAUGGGAAGGAACUUAGGUAGAGGGAAGCGCGGGGGAGGGGUGGGAACAGUUCAAACCUGCGGCCCUAGGGAGGGGAGGCAGUGCAGAAGGGGGCGGAGCCUAAACUGGGGAGACAGUCGAAGAGGCGGGGCCUAGGAAAGGGAGGCUCAGCCUGAGGCGCCUCAUUCUUGGGCCUGGCAGUUGGGGAUUGUAGCUGCUGAGGGGAGUCUGGUGGUCCUAAGCGAGGAGCCCCUCACCCCCCCCCCCCGCUCGUGGGGGGGGCCAUGACUGAACUACUGUGAAGACAUCAUUUCUGAAUUUAUAGAUAUAAGAAAAACCAAGUUCAGAUGAUGCCUACAUAGAAGCAAUUGGACUGAAUGCAUUAUUGCUGAGCCAGUCACUCAGGUAUCCUAGCUGAUUUGGUUGCUAUGGGAGAUUGGAAAACUAUUACAGUGCCAAUUCCAUCAUCAGAAAGCAAAAAUAUAUCUCAGUUUACCUCAGAAACCAAUAUGUCUCCUUCAAGUUUAUACUCACAGCAAGUUCUGUGUCCUUCACUACCUUUGGCAAAGAGUGUGCACAGUUUUUUCAGGGCUUUCUGCACAGAAGAGAAUGUUGACCAGAGUAUAUCCUAUCUUGAUCAGGAGCUGACUACUUUAGGUUUUCCUUCAUUAUGUGAAGAGUCCAAAGGUAAAGAGGUUAAAAGAGACUUAAAUAUAGUUGCAGUUUUAAAUUGUAUCCAUGAACUACUUGUACUUCAUCGAAAGAACCUCCUAGCUCAGGAAAAUGUGGAAACACAGAAUUUGAAACUGGGAAGUGAUAUGGACCAUCUGCAGAACUGCUAUUCCAAGCUGAAGGAACAACUAGAAACAUCUAGGAGGGAAAUGAUUGGGCUUCAGGAGAGAGACAGACAGCUACAAGGCAAGAACAGAAACUUGCACCAGUUGCUUAAAAAUGAGAAGGAUGAGGUACAAAAAUUACAGAAUAUCAUUGCGAGUCGGGCAACUCAGUAUAAUCAUGAUAUGAAGAGAAAAGAGCGUGAAUAUAACAAGCUAAAGGAACGUCUUCAUCAACUUGUUAUGAAUAAAAAGGAUAAAAAAACAGCUAUGGAUAUUUUAAAUUAUGUAGGGAGAGCAGAUGGAAAGAGAGGAGCCUGGAGAACUGGCAAAACUGAAGCUAGGAAUGAAGAUGAAAUGUAUAAAGUUCUGUUGAAUGACUAUGAACAACGCCAGAAACAAAUUCUGUUGGAAAAUGCUGAGCUCAAGAAAGUUCUUCAGCAAAUGAAAAAGGAAAUGAUUUCUCUUCUGGCGCCACAAAAGCAAAAACCUAAAGAAAAGGCUGAAGAUAGUCCCGGGGCUGUCCAGUCAGAUGUUGAAGAAGAUACUUCAGAACUAAGUAAAGAAAAUAUGUGGGAACUCUCCUGUGAAACUGUGAGAGAGCAGCUUACUAAUAGCAUUAGAAAACAGUGGAGAAUUCUGAAAAGUCAUGUGGAAAAACUUGAUAACCAAGUGUCAAAGGUACACUUAGGAGGCUUUAAGGAUGAAGAAGUUAUCUCAAGACAGGAUCAUGAACAAGAAACUGAAAAAUUGGAGUUGGAAAUUCAACAAUGCAAGGAAAUGAUCCAGACUCAACAACAACUUUUACAGCAGCAAUUCACCACUGCAUGUGAUGAUGACACCUCCUCAUUAUUACAAGACUGUUAUUUAUUGGAAGAAAAAGAACGUCUAGAAGAAGAAUGGGCCUUAUUUAAAGAACAAAAAAAGAACUUUGAGAAAGAAAGACGGAGUUUUACAGAAGCUGCUAUCCGACUAGGACUAGAGAGAAAGGCCUUUGAAGAAGACCGAGCUGGUUGGCUAAAGCAACAGUUUUUAAACAUGACUUCUUUUGACAACAAGAAUUCAGAAAAUGGGAAACCUCAAAGUGCCUUCUCAGGAAGUUCUGAUCAGGACAAUCUAACACUAUAUUCCAAGCCUGGACAAAAAUUUUAUUCUGUGUCUAGCGAGUCUUCAGUAUGCACAUCUAAACUCACUAAAUCUCUGCCUGUUUCCCCUUCUACUUCAGAGCUUUUCCAGACAAUUCACCAUUUAUCAACAAAUAGUUCAAGCAGGGUACUGAGUGUAACCACAGAAGACACUAAACCAAAUCAGGUUGGAAGGGAAUGCACGACUCAGAGAUGGAGCAUGGCAUCAAGAUCGGACUCACAGGAAGGAGGCUGCUCUGGUUCACGCUCUUUGGCUUGUACAGAUUCAUCCAUAGAACACAGAGAUGGCUUACCAUAGGCAUAUCGAGUGGAAUGUGCUUGGUUAAGUUAAUGUGUUCCUAAAUUCUCUUGUCUAAGAUGCAAAGUGGGAUAAACUUGAUAUCAUAUUUAAUGGUUUUAAGAAAGGUUGUCUUGAAUUUUGUUCUGAAUUCCCUAUACUAUUCCCCAAAGAACUGAAAUGUUAUCUAUUGAAAAAGAUACAAAAGCUUUGGAUUUUUAGUAACAGAAACUUCUGGUUCUGUGAAUAAAGGAAUGUAGACACAUUUCAGAUGGAAAGUGAAGCACUAGAAAAAGGAGCACUUCCUUUUAUUGAUAUUAAAAGUAGCACUUUUAGGAAACCAAUUAUUGUAAAUGUUUAACUUUGUCUACAGUAUAACUGGCAUUGGAAGUUUUGCCUUUACUUGAAUGUAAAAUGUAGAUUUUUAACAAAGCAAGCUCUAUAUUUAUUACGUCUUGUGUGAUUUGAAAUUGCCUCUUUCAUAUGUUUUAAAUUGAGAUUUAUGUAUGUUUUGUAUAUAGUUAUACAUGAUUAUGUUAAGAUGCUUUAAAAUUUAAUAAUUUCAUGCAUCCAUAAUCAUAAUAUUUUACAAUGCCAAUUUAAACCUUUUUUAGUAAUAUUCUGUUUACAGAUGUAUUAGGGCUAUUGCCAUAUUACAUUAAAGGACUGGACUUUUUAAAUAUAUCUGGGCAAUAAAUGUGAAAAAACUAUUCUUAUGAAA